AUGCCCAGAGAGGCGGGGCAGCCCCCCUCGGCCGCACGCCCCGCAGCGCUGGGGGGGCGUCGCGGGGCCCCCCGGGACACGCGUGCAUGUGCGGGACCGCGGGCGGGGCCGCCCGGGACGGAGCGGGGGCCGUCCCGGAGACCCCCUCUCCGUCCCGGGACCCCCGGGGGGGAACGCGGGGACCCCCGCCCGGGGGCAGCCACGCGGCCCCCCACGGGUUGUGCCUGGAGGACCCCCGCUGCCCCCCCGGUCCCCCUCCCCGGCCCCCGCUUCCCUCCUCGCAGCUGCAUGCCUGCAGGGCCGGCUCUGCCCGCGGCUGCCGCCGCCGCCCCGCGCCCCGCCGCUGUAUCUCUGGCAAAUAAAGACCCCGCUGAGGACAAACUGAGACAGCACCAGCGCCGCCUGCCCGCUCUCUCUGUGGGGCCGGGGCUCUGCCGCGCCUGCCGGCAGCACGGCGCUGAGCGAGACGCGGCGGGCUGGGAGCGGCAGCGCUGCACGGGCAGCGAGGGCAGCGGGAGCCGUGAGCGCCUGCCGCCGGGAAGGGUCCCGGGAAGGAUCCCGGGUAGGAUCCCGGGAAGGAUCCCGGGUGUCGCCGCGGGGCAGGGCCGGGCGGGCGGGGCCCCGGGGCAAGCCCCGCCCACUCCCACAGACCCCGCCCCGAACACUCCAGAUGCCACGCCCACUCGAUCCAGCCCCGCUCUUGGCCCCGGCGCGGGAUCCCCCGAGGUCACUUCCGGGACGGGCCGGAAGCGGCGCGCUCGCGGUCGCGUUUGA